GGGAGCGAGAGAAAAGGUUCACUUUAUUUGACAUAAUGACGUGGUGAACUGUGCGUGAAAAAAAAGAACAAUAAAUUACCGAUGCCGAUACAAUUAACAAUCUAAAUUAAUAGUCAGUUCAUAUUUACAAACAACAAACUUGCAAAAAGUACAAAUCUUGAGGAACAGCAGGCUUUGAUAAUUGAAUUACACGUUGACAACUCGGUCGACACGCACGAAACGGACAUUUUCUAUGAGCAAGAGGAAGAAGGUCGAUCAGGCGGAGAACGUCUGACCCAAGGCAAUGAAAUAAUUUCGACGUAAACGUGUGCUUGCCCAUUUUGUGUUUGCUUCUGUUAUUUACAUCAAAUCAAUAGUCGACGUGGUGUUGCGUCCCAAGCAUCGAUACUGACAACAACCCAAGACGACGACGACAUCGACAACGCGAAAGAGACAGGUGAAGGUGUAGGUGUAGGUGUAGUGGUUGGAGGAGUAGCGGGCGCUUAAGCACGCUGCAACAACAACACCAACAACAACAAUAAUGAUGAACGAAGACAGCGGCAGCGGCUCGACGUCGUCUAGCGGCGGCGGAGGAGUUAAAAAGUUCUUUCUGCGUUUAUCACAAACCUACCAAUCGACACUUGAUCGCUCCACGCCGCACACACGUAUGCGCUGGGUAUUUGCCGGAUUCCUGUUGUUCCUCUUCGUUUUGCGCAUAUUUAUUUACCAGGGCUGGUACAUUGUCUGCUACGCCCUGGGCAUCUAUCAUUUGAAUCUGUUUAUUGCAUUUCUCACGCCCAAAAUUGAUCCGGAAUAUGAUCCGUAUGCGGCGGAUGAGGAGGACGAUGGCCCCAAUUUGCCAACGCAUAGUAAUGAGGAGUUCCGGCCAUUUAUUCGACGACUGCCGGAGUUUAAGUUUUGGCUAUCGGUGGCUAAGAGCACGGCAAUAGGUCUGUUCUGCACCUUCUUUGACUUCUUCAAUGUGCCCGUAUUUUGGCCCAUUUUGGUCAUGUACUUCAUCACGCUCUUCUGCAUAACAAUGAAGCGCCAAAUCAAGCAUAUGAUCAAGUACAAGUACUUGCCAUUCACCCGCAACAAGCCACGAUAUCAGCGAGUCAACGAGGCUGCGGGCGCCGCCACAAUCGGUGGCAACUCAAAGUGACAAUUAGCCGCACAGACGCCGGACACACAAGCGACAACAUCAGCAGGAGCAGGCGCAGCAGCAGCAACAGCAGUAUCAGCAACAACAGCAGCAGCAGCGGCAGCGUCUAAUCCAACUAGCAAUAACUCAGGAGCGAGUUCAACGGGAGUGGGAACGACAACGGUCAGCGCUAAACCACCGCAGAUCAUAGCAAUUGAGGAUUACUAGGAAGCUAAAUCGAAAUCAAGCCCAAACAAAUUCAUGUAAACUACAGCAACAACAACAACUACAACAUUUGCAUUCAAUUAGAUUCUGUUUAUUACAUUCAGUAUCGCAUGCGAUUUUUGUUUGUACAAGUAAAGGUAUUUGUUUAUAAUUUGAUUUAACUAGAUAUUGAGUUGUCGUGCGGCGUUUUGUGCAAAGCAUUGUUUAUUGUUUAACUAAUUUCUUGAUUAAUUAUAUAUUUAUUUUUACAUGCAAUUUAUUUGUAAUUCCCCAAACAAAUCUAAACAAAACAUAAGAGAAAAAAAAAACAACAGUUCAAGUUUUUAGCUGCAAUUAAUUCUAAUUUAAAUUUAUUGUACUACCUUAAUUUAAUGUUUCUUUAAUCCAAAAAGUAGAUUUACUGAUCCUUACAGAUAUUUUUUGAUUACAUACCUUGGCUAGAUGCUAAAUAUAUUUUGCAAUUUAUGUAUAUUUAUAUAUAUAUUUUGCUAGCGUUAACUAUACAAAGUGUUAGAAUGGAAAAGAAACUUAAGAAGAUCUAAACUGGGUGCAUCGUAUGAAUAAAAUAAAACAAACAAAUGAAAA